CGGAGAGCGGCGGGGCCCCGACGGCGGAGCAGGGCCGUGCCCCAUGGCGCUGGCUGCGGUCCGCUCGCGGGUUCUGCGCUCCUUGAGCCGCCCCCCUCCCGCCGCCCGGCGCUACGGCGGCCCCGCUCAUCUCCCACCCGGCGGCUACGGCGCUUGGCAGGAGCGGGCGGCUCGCGACCCCGCCGCUUUUUGGGCGGAUGCGGCUCGGGGGGCUCUGCGCUGGGACAGCCCCUUCCACACGGCUCGCGAGGCCGCCCCGGCCGGAGCCGGAGCUCGCUGGUUCCUGGGUGGCCGCCUCAACGUGUCGGUAAAUUGCUUGGACCAACAUGUUGAAAAGUCCCCAGACAGAGUGGCUUUGAUAUGGGAGAGAGAUGAGCCUGGAACUGCAGUGCAUGUCACAUACAGGGAACUUCUGGAUCUGACGUGCCGUCUUGCCAACACCCUGAAGAAAUACGGGAUACAGAAAGGGGACAAGGUUGCCAUCUAUAUGUCCGUGUCUCCCCUGUCUGUGGCAGCCAUGCUGGCUUGUGCCAGGAUUGGUGCUGUUCACACCGUGGUCUUUGCGGGAUUCAGCGCAGAGUCCUUAGCUGGAAGGAUCAUGGACUCCGAAUGCAAAGCAGUUAUCACCUACAACCAGGGAGUCAGGGGAGGCAGAAUCAUAGAGCUGAAGACGACGGUGGAUGAAGCUGUAAAGAACUGUCCAAGUGUCAAACAUGUCUUUGUGGCACAGAGGACAGAUAACAAAACCCAGAUGGGUGACCUUGACGUUCCUCUUGAAGAAGAGAUGGCCAAGGCAGCUUCUGUUUGUACUCCAGAGAGCAUGGACAGUGAAGACAUGCUUUUCAUGCUGUAUACCUCAGGCAGCACGGGGAAACCCAAAGGAAUCGUUCACACCCAGGCUGGAUAUCUGCUGUAUGCUGCUCUCACACAUAAGUAUGUGUUUGACUACCAGCAAGGUGAUGUCUUCGGCUGUGUGGCAGACAUUGGCUGGAUCACAGGGCACAGCUAUGUUGUGUACGGACCACUUUGCAAUGGAGGCACCACUGUGCUGUUUGAAAGCACUCCAGUAUACCCCGACCCAGGCCGUUACUGGGAAAUGGUACAAAGGCUGAAAAUAAAUCAGUUUUAUGGAGCACCUACAGCUAUACGCUUGCUGUUGAAUUAUGGAGACAAGUGGGUGAAGAAAUACGACAGAUCAUCCCUGAAGACUUUGGGAUCAGUGGGAGAGCCCAUUAACAACGAGGCUUGGCAGUGGUUCUACCAUGUGGUGGGAGAAGGGCGCUGUACCCUCGUGGACACUUGGUGGCAAACAGAAACCGGUGGCAUCUGCAUUGCCCCACGGCCUUCAGAAGAGAAAGCUGAUAUCAUUCCAGCUAUGGCUAUGAGACCCUUCUUUGGGAUUUUCCCUGUUCUCAUGGAUGAAAAUGGAAAGGUUCUAGAGGGCAACGAUGUGUCUGGUGCACUUUGCAUCACAGAGCCAUGGCCUGGCUUGGCAAGAACAAUCUACAGAGAUCACCAGCGAUUUGUUGAUACAUAUUUCAAAGCCUAUCCAGGUUACUAUUUCACAGGGGAUGGUGCUUACAGGACCAAAGAAGGCUAUUACCAGAUAACAGGGCGCAUGGAUGAUGUCAUUAACAUCAGUGGACACAGGCUUGGGACAGCAGAGAUAGAAGAUGCAAUGGCUGAUCACCCCGAUGUCCCUGAGACAGCUGUGAUCGGGUAUCCCCAUGAAAUCAAAGGAGAAGGUGCCUUUGCUUUCAUAGUGCUGAAAAAGCAGACAGCUCAUAUAGACCACGUCAAAGAAGAGCUCAGAACUAUAGUGGCUACCAAAAUAGCAAAGUAUGCUGUGCCUGACCACAUUCUGGUGGUGAAACGCCUUCCUAAAACCCGAUCAGGGAAGAUCAUGAGGAGGCUGCUGAGGAAAGUAGUCACCGAGCAAUCCAGUAACAUGGGAGAUGUCACCACACUUGACGAUCCAAGUGUCGUCACAGAGAUACUGGAUGCUUAUCAGAAGUACAAAAAGGAGAAGAGUUCCUCAUAGCAGAUGCCUUUGGAAUAUCUCUGCUCUGGAAAUGUGGAGGGUCUUGAAUGACUGGGCAAACAACAUGGUUCUCUCUUGGUGUAUUCUGCAAAACUCUGUUCCCUUCUAGAGAAAUAGGAUUUGUUCUCCACAAAGUGUUUUGAGUUAUCCAGAGCUAGGAGCCAUUUGCUGCCUUGCACAGUCAGGGAGCUCCUUUCACUGCUUCUAGGGCUGUUGUAGAACAGCCAUGGGCAGUUUCCAUUAGCUGUGGUGAAAAUAAUACGAGCUUAAGCAAGAUGAAGAUGUUAAUAUUUCUCAUUUCAAUGUUAUUAUACAAGGAAAUGUUUUUAUACUAUACUUUUGCUUUUUUAAGAGCAGCCCUGGAAUACAGUCCUGCUAUUUUUCCUUCGGCUUGGAUAUCCAAGUUCAAGUAGUUGUUUUUAACUGCAACUGUGGUGCCUUUUCAGCAAUGCUGGGUAUUUUAAUAGAUAUUUCACAUUAUUAGGGAAAUGAGAAGGACGUGGCUAACCAGAUAUUUAUCUUAUGUUCUGAUAUUUCCUGUGGCUUUCCUCACCAUGACUUGUGCCUUCCACUAUAUUUCCAGAACUCACCUGAGAUCAUGAGCCUGUGUUUCAUCAUGCCACACCUAUGCAACCCAGUAUUAGCACUUCCAGCUACAAAACUGAGCCACAAAGCCUGUCUCUGAACUCUGCACAUCCCCAGUACAUUGCCAGCUGUGUACGAGGGAUCUGGUCCCAAGUGUUUUCAUUCUGCCUUGAGAGACUGAGAUCACCAGCUGGGAUUUUAAAGCAAUUUUCCUCUUCCCCACUGGUGAUAAUUUCUCUAAGUCUGCUGUGGGAGCAUCUAGCUGUAAUAUAACCUUGCUGUGCCUGUCCAUCAUGCCCGUAUCUCAUUUUCCCACUCAGAUAUACCCACAAAACCUGAUCUUGGUGCCUUAAAACCACCCCAGAGACCAGACCACGAUUUGCUUCAUUUUAGGAAAGAAAAAGGCAUCUCCUAUUGGCGAUGUGUGUUGUACAGAUUAACGCUAAGCCUUUCGUUUUGUCAUCGUUGUUAAUUAUCGUGCCUUACGUUUACUGUCGUUGACCAACAUCAGUGAUCUCUGUAUUCAGAUUUAUCAUUAAAAGAAGCACCCGCUCCUA